UUUAGGUUUGGGACAAAGAGCGAAACACUAAAACUUACCAAGUACAAUUUAUCACCCCCACCACAUUACUCCUCCUUCCUGCGUCCCCAUCAAUCGUUCGUCUUACUCUUAUACUAUAAAGAGUCUUAUUGAAAGCCUUGCUAGAUGGCGUUUUUGCUAAAUAACACCUCGAUUGCAUCUCACCUCCGAUUAUCUUCCCAGAAGCCGGAUGGUGCCUUUGCUCAAUCCCGUCGUGGGUUCCAUGUGGAGUUAGGAACUCGCGAGAAAGAUCUCUUGGCUCAGAAUGAUGCUUUGAGGAGAUUCAAGUCGCAUAAGAAAGGAGUAGGCCAUUUGAAAAGGGUUGGAGAUGUCCUCACUCUUGUCGUUCUUGCUGGUUGCUGCUAUGAGAUCUAUGCGAGAGCAACGGUGCAAAAGGAAGAUUAAGCUGCUGGAGUAAGCUCAUGAGAAUCUCUCUCUCUCUUUAUGCUUUUCAUCAUCCUUCUUCCUUUUUUAGUAAAAUCUUAGAAGUUCAUGUUGUUUGUUGGCUUUUGCUCAACUCUCUCUCUCUCUCAAUAAGUGAAUAAACCAGAAGGAUUUGGUGUUUUGUUUCCUUGUAUUUUUUGCUUUUUUUUCGAGAAACCCAAAUCGCUAUAGAUGGAAUAACACAACGAUGAUUUGAGAAACCCAA